GCAGGAUUGCUGAGUGUACGACUAGCCCUUCUGGUCAGUCCCACACCUGCCACCCUCCUACGCCUGUGGACUACCCUGUGCUGGCUAAUAAUGCUGCUGCUGCUGCUGCUACUGUUGCUGCUAGGACCUGGACCCAGACUCAAUGAGGCAACAAGGAGGUCACAUGUGUACAAGCGUGGGCUCCUGGAACUGGCAGGAACCUUGGAUUGUGUUGGUCCUCGAUCACCGGUGGCCUACAUGAACUAUGGCUGUUAUUGUGGCCUGGGUGGCCAUGGAGACCCACGUGAUGCCAUUGACUGGUGCUGCCACCGCCAUGACUGCUGCUACUCUCGAGCUCAGGAGACUGGCUGCAGCCCCAAGAUAGACCGCUACGCAUGGAAAUGCAUCGACCACCGCAUCCAGUGUGGACCUGCAGAGAACAAAUGCCAAGAACUCCUGUGCAAGUGUGACGAGGAGCUUGCGUACUGCCUUGCAGGAACAGAGUAUCACCUGAAAUACCUCUUCUACCCCUCGGUUUUAUGUGAGAAGGACUCACCCAAGUGCCACUGAUAGGCUGGCCUUGAAAUGUUCGUUUGACCACGGAAAUGAAGUUUGCUUUCAGUAAUGAACAACUUCAUUCAAUUUCUGCAGGAGGUAGUGGGAGCCAGGUGAUAAAGCCUUGUGUUUGCUUUCUCCCUCCAUUCAGGAGCUUGGGACUGUUAGCCUGUGGAGUGGCUAGUUUGAUGAAAGCUGAGUCCUGGGUCUGUCUUAUACAGCCACCACUGUGCUGUACUGCUAUCAGUGUUGAAGCUCAACCUUUAUGAAACAGUGUGCUAUCUUCUAACCUGCUGUUGAUGGCUGGGGGUCAACUGGGGAUGAACUCCUGCUUGUAGGCUUGGCUGUGGUAAUAAGAUUGCCACGUGAUACACCUAAGAACUGUUACUAUAAUAAAAAUAUUCCCUACCUUUCUCAGCCUUGGGUAAAAUUUACUUCCUGAAAGCUAGGUGUGGUAGCACACACUUGCAGUAUUCUGCUGGGAGGUUGAGGUUGAAAGGUCACCUGAGCCCAGGAGUUUGACACUAUCUUGGGUAGGACAGAAGACUCUGUUUCUAAAAGAAAAAGAAAAUUAUUUCCUGGGCUAGUGGUACAACUGUGUAUUAAAGCAUUUGUGUAGCAUGCUUGAGGUUCUGAGUUUGAUUUCCAACAUCUCAAGAAAAAAAAAAAAUCAAAAGAAAAGAAAACGUAGAGCAAUAUAUGAAGCACUAAAAAGUGAAACCACAGGCCAGAAGAAUGGCUCAGUGG